GAUUCAUUCAUUCAUUCAUUCAUUCAUUUUUACUUUUAUUUCUCUCAACCUUUUUAAUCUCUCAACUCAGCUGUCUUACAACUUUCACGAUAUAAACAAUUAUUAUACUGCAGGACUUUUGCUUUCUCUUUUUUCUUUUUUCUUUUUUCUUCCUUUUCUUCUUCCUGUUCUUCUUCUUGUACUAUUCCUUACAUUCAUUUCCUCCUUUUUUUCCCUUUUGUACUUUUACCACUUCAACACCUUUUUCUCCAUAUUCCACGAUAUCAAUACGUAAAAGCAUCAACCAAAAGAUUACGAAAGUUCAAUGUACCUUCCUGGUUAGGUACAUUUUAUCUACUGCCGCUAAUCUACUACCUACUACGUAAUAAUCGUGAACUCCGAUUUCUUUGGCGGCUUUCUAAUCAGGAAACGAGGCUCUAAGCCUCUUCAAAGAACGAACCCAAAUGUCCGAGUAAGCUACUUUGUAUUCCUACUUUGUUAUAAUCAUUUGCAUUCCUUCAUCACAAUCAAUUGAAUGGGUCGGCAAAAAUAAUAUUUUCAACGUUAACUAAUAAUGCAAUCAAUUAUACAGCUUCAUCCAUAUUGCUGGAUGGACUCAAUAUAAUCAUCGUCGGUCAUUGCAACAUAUCCGCUCUCUUUCGGGUUCAUCUACAAAGACGAUAACGAAGUCCAUCUCUACUACCACCCUGCCAACAAUGGCUACAGUGUCGAACGCCCCUGGAUUACCUACACACAGGUCUUUCGCGCCUUACAUGGAUCACGAGGAGAACUUGAGCACUCUCCCAGACCCUCGGAGCAGAGUCUCGUCACCUACAAACGAUCCGCCUGCUUCAAAUCAGGAACAGUACCAAGAAUUGAGCAAUGCCCACCUUAGCGAGGAGGUCACGGCGCUGAGCAAGAAGCUCAUAAAUGCCAUCAAUCACCAGACAAGCCUCGACGACAGUUUAAGCGCCACUCGACAUGAGCUCGAGGCCUCAAGGGAGCGGACGAAGCAACUUGAGCGGGAGAAUCGAGAGCAUAAAGCGCUAGUGUCGAGUGGAAUAUUGAUACGCAGUUCGGUCGCUGAGGCCGAGAAGGCUAAAAUUCUUGCCAUCUUAGUAGAGGAGAAGAAUAAAAGGAGGGAGGUUGAGAAAGAUAAAAAGAGUAUCGAGUUGGAAUUGGAGAACCUCACUACAGCUUUAUUUGAGGAGGCAAACAAGGUUGGUUUGAGUAUGAUUUUGCCUGAUGAUAAAUGCUGACAUCGACAGAUGGUUAUUAUGGCUCGAGAGCAAGCACGGAAAGAGUAUGAUAUCGUGAAUAAGAAGAAUGACCAACUAAAGGCACAGCUCCAGGAGGCACAGAAUUUAUUGAAAUCGCAACAAGAGCAAUUGGCAGAAUUGAAGCAAGUUAUGGAACACAUGACCGAGGAACAGGAGGACCAAAUCAACCAACCAAGCGGCACGGCGCCUUCGACCCCCGCAUUAUAUAAUUCCGAUCCUAACGACGAGAAGACGAACAACUCAGACUCAAUACAGUCUUCGUCAAUUCCGGAGCCCGUCUCGCCUUCCUACCCUACGAGUUUUGUGCACCUUGUUCAACCCGUCCUCCGAACUGACCUUGGAGCCUACGAUGAUUUUAUCUCUUUAUUGCGGAUGUCGAAGAAUAUUGUUAUUAGUAGCCGCGCCUCUAGUGGAUCAUACGGAGCCAUUGGUCUAGGAUUGGGAUUAGGAGCAUACACUGGCUCAACCUCUUCUAUCUCAACAUUGGGCACAUAUGCAUCUUCUCCCGCGACACCUACCACACCAGCUUCAAAUGUGAGCUCCGGGUCACGAGAUGGUCCCAAUUCUUUGACUCCAUUGAAGGAGACAAAAUUCUAUAAGCGAGCACUCGCUGAAGAUAUUGAGCCCACGCUUCGUCUCGACAACGCCCCAGGCCUCUCAUGGCUCGCCCGAAGGACGGUCUUAAAUGCAGUGUGUGAGGGGUCGCUGGUUGUCGAACCGAUGCCUUCAUCUAUAAGGCCAUAUGCAUUCCCGUGCUCUCUUUGUGGUGAAACACGAAAGGGUCCAGAACACAUCAGAAACCAUAGAUUUCGAACGAGCGAGAGCGACAAUGCGCAGAGAUAUCCCUUGUGCCUAUAUUGUCUAGGGCGCGUCCGUUCCACCUGUGGGUUUAUGAGUUUCUUACGCGUCCUCAAAGAAGGUCACUGGAGAGGUGAAGACGAGGAGUCUGAUAAAGCCGCCUGGGAGGAGAGUGUCAGGUUGAGAGAACGAAUGUUCUGGUGCCGUAUCGGUGGCGGAGUUAUUCCCUGCGUGCAGUCUUGGAAUCAGGAUUCAUCUCGGAAUCCUCGCUUAAGUGAUGACGAAAGGAGGCGCAAGCUCAGUGAAGAAUCGGACAGGUCUAUCGAGAUUAUACCUAGAGAUAUCACACCAACCAGCGAACUUUCACCCGUCAACAUAACCGGUUUCGGGAGAAGGUCGGGAGACGGAGAGGUUCUUCCUAGCCCACUUCGAGAGGAAGUAGAGAUAUCUAAUAUUCCAGAUGUUGGUUCUGAGGAGGCAACGGCAAUCGCGACAGUAUCCAUACUAGAGCCGAAACCGGAAGAGCAAGAGAAAUUCGAUGUUGGAACUCCUGAGCCGAAACAGGAAGAGCAAGAAACAGAACAAGUUAGCAACGCGAAAGAUGUUCAUGAUGCAAAUGAAGAGGAACAUAUGGAACCAGAAAAAACAGGCCACACGGAAGAAUCUCACGGUGCAGCAGACGAUAUGGUACAAUCCAAGUCCUCGGUACAAAACGAGGAGCCUAUUGAAAGCAAUGAAGACCUUGAAAGGCUUCCAAUCGCCAUACCUGGGGCUUUUUAAUCGCUCAAUGCGAGUUCGGAAUUCCUUAUCAUGUUACGAUUAAUAAUUGUUGGGUUUGAAUCUAUAUUGGAGUUCGGCAAAAGGAGAAAUGGAAUUCUGGCAUGGUUAUAAGGGCUCAUUGCUGGCUAAAUGCAAUGGCGUUACUUUCCACGGGUUAAUCGGUACAUACUAUACCUUGCUUAUUGUACAUAAUAAUGGGUUACGGCGGAAGACAAAGCGAUGGUAGCUGGGUCCCUGGCGUACGUAUAUGAUGCCAAAAAGUGGCUACGGGUACUAUGGAACAAGAUAAGAUUAAUGCUAUAAGAUAAAUAGAAGAGACAUGACAUGGUUCUUCUGUGUGUGUUUUCCUGGCGAGAUGACAACCUGGAUUUUUAAUUUUACCUUUCCACGUUCAAUUCAGAGAUAGAUAUUGGGUUUUGAAGAGGGCAUUUAUUUUUAGUUUAAUCAUCACUUAAGCACGUAGAAGCUGAAGGGACGU